AUGAAGCUUCACUUUUCAAAGUUAAUAACACUAAUCUUUUGUCUCAUUGGCCCAUCAGCAGCCGUUUGGAGAUAUGAAUGCAGAAGACACUGGUUCUCAGAAAGUGCUGUAGAAGGUUUGGUUGAUAAAUAUACACGGAAUGGGGGAUAUAUGGAGCCAGUCUCAAAUUUGCGUGGACAACUUCGAUACAGGAUCUUUCUUAAUCUGAUUCAUGAUGAUUCUGGUUCCCGUGCUUACGCAAUAAUAACACCAAACAACUAUAAAGUUACUCAAGUGCAGGUUUUUGAUGAGGACAAUGAAUUGGAUAUAUGCGGUUAUGGAUGGACCUUUGCUACUGGCUUAGCCAAAGUUGGAUGGGCAUACAUACCAGGGGCAACAGGCCCCUCAUGUAGCUGUGGAGAGUUCUAG